UACUCAUUCCGCGGCGGUUAUGCCGGCGAAGACUCGCCUAAGACUGAGAUCCCAACUAUGGUUGGAGUGAUCAAUGAGUUGGUUGAGUGCAAUGCUAUGGAAAUGGAUGGCACGCCAGGGAUGACCAAGAAGCACUUCAUUGACACCACUUCUAUCCAUUCGCCGCGAAAAGGGAUGGAAAUGACAACCUUUUUGAAGGACGGGAUGAUCGAAGACUGGGAUCUGUUUGAGAAGAUUAUGGAUUAUGUGUACAAAAAGCACUUGAAAUCGGAUUCACUGUUACAUCCGGUGCUGUUCUCUGAAGCGCCGUGGAACAUAAGAGCAAAGAGAGAGAAGUUAACGGAAAUAAUGUUUGAAAAGUACGGAAUCCCCGCCUUCUUCCUCGUCAAGAACGCCGUUUUGGCCGCUUUUGCCAACGGGAAGGCCACUGGCAUUGUCUUGGAC